AUGUUCUCACGAAAUAAGGACUCCUCCUCGACGCUGCUCCCGACCAGCUUUCGGUCGCGGUUGAAGUCCAGCAUGUCGUCGUCAGCCAAGAUUCGCUCUUCCGAGGGAUGCUGGACCUGUCGCUUGCGUCGCAAGAAAUGCGAUGAGGCUCGUCCCGUCUGCGAGGGCUGUGCUUCGCUGGAGAUCACCUGCUACUACAGCGAGACCAAACCCGACUGGAUGGACGGCGGCGAGCGUCAGAAGGAGAUGGCCGACCACCUCAAGAAGCAGGUCAAGGUCCAGGCGAAUAAUCGCCGCGAAAGGAAGUAUCUUCAGAGCCUCGACGUCGAAGGUGGUCUUGCCCACGGUCACGGCCAUCACGACGACUCGGAUGGCGAGCACGUACCCUCGGUCCCCGCUCUGAGUGCCGAUGGCGGCUCGUCCAAGGAGGUCAGUUCAGCCAGUCCGUCAACCGUUCACGACACUCCCGGGGACUCAUCUAGCCCGGCAUUUCACAUGGAGACGGUCAAGUCGUCCAUCUCCGAGAUCGUGCCGGGCUCGUCGCCGAAUCAGAUGCGGCAGCACACCCCAGACUGGAACAACAACCCUAGCCCCGGAUCGUUGAAGCCGUCUCCGGAUACGGACCCCACCCAACCAUUCCCGGACGACUCCAACCUAGGCUUCAUUAUGAUUUACCUCGACUAUGUUUUCCCUUUUCUAUUCCCCUUUUACAAGCCCGCGCUGCUGGAGGGCGGCCGUGGCUGGUUGCUUAACGUCCUCAACCACAACAAGGCCCUGUAUCACACCGCACUUGGCCUCUCGUCCCACUUCUUCGGUGUGGUCCUCAACGGCGCCCAGGUCGAACACACGCCAUGCAGGGUAAGGAGCGUCGCCAGUCUCCAACACCAACUAGAUCUCGCCCUCAAGGAACUCCGCGCCGACAUGGCCGCCAUCAACGAGACCGGCGUGCAGAACCAGCUCCGCCAAACCUGUCGCGUGCUCGAGAGCAUCGUCCAGCUGCUCAUCUUCGACGUCACCCUGGCCUCCAACGACCAUUGGCAGAUGCAUCUGGACGCCGCCACCAUCGUUUUCCAACAGAUCCUGCUGCGGCCAGAAGACUGGGACCCUACAAUGCUUCACAUGGCUAUCCCCUUAUUACAGGGCAUCCCCUUCCCACCGGGCUCACACAAGCCGUGGAGCGCCGACCAGGCGGCUCUUCGCUUUUUCACGGCGUCGCUACUGUACUUCGACAUCGUUUCCGCAACCACCCUCGAGCGUCCGCCCAAGCUGCAAGGCUACCACCACUACCUACUCAGCCCUAGGAAAGAGGAAUGCCUCGAGAUUGAGCCACGGCUGAGAUUAGAAGAGUACUUUGGCUGUCAAAGCUGGGUCCUCCAGCUCAUCGGCGAGAUCGCAUCCCUGGACGCGUGGAAGAAGGAAACACGCCGCGCCGGGUCGCUAUCCAUGACCCAUCUCGUUUCCCGCGCGGCCUGCCUCGAGCUCGCCCUCCGCGAAGGCAUCGCGUGCAUGGAUAACCAGUGCCCCCAGCUAAUGGGCUCCGACGAACUCGCCUGCCGGGCCGGGGCGUGCAACAUGACGGAUUACCCGCCACCUCACCCGACGCACGUCGACACCACACGGCUACCCCCCGACCCGCUGACGCUGUACCGGAGCCAGCAGACCAGAGACGACGUCGAGGCGUCCAAGAUCCACACAAAGAUCUGGGCCUUCGCCGCCCUCACCUAUCUGUCGACGGUCGUGUCCGGAUGGCAACCGUCCUGCCCCGAGACCGCCAGCAGCGUGACGGCAACAAUCGAGCUCCUCGACUCGCUCCACGGUCCCGUCUGCCUACGGACGGUCGUCUGGCCGUUCUGCGUCAUCGGCUGUCUCGCCACGCCCAGCCAGGAGAGCAUGUUCCGAGACAUGGUCGGCAAGAUGGGCGCCCUCGAAGUGUUCGGCUCCAUCACGGCCGCGCUUGCCGUCAUGGAGAACGUCUGGGCGCGCCGCGACACCAUUGACGAGUCGUGGGAUCUCGCGGCGUGCUUCAAGGUCCUCGGCCACCCUGUGCUGUUGACAUGA